UUCUUUCAAUAGCAGCAACAGCUCGUCAGCCACCUCGGUAGCUUGCUAGACAAAUAGCCGAAACAAUACAUUACUUUAGACGCUUUAGUGUAUAUUAGCCACUGUGUUUUAAACCCAUUUCUGUCGUCUAGUUAGUUAUCGGAUUGAAUUCUAUAUUAAUGGUGUUGUUGUUAUUAGUCAGCUAGCGGGCUGGUUAAGUUAGCAUUAGCCUAGCUAACAUCCCCGACCAUGCAGUCACCAAGCUACUCUCCUUCUAAUGAAGAGAAGGAUAUCACAGUAAAUCAAGAAGUAGGGAGUGGGGCCGUUACUGUGAAAGAAGAGGAGGACGCGUUCAGAGUGAAAGACGAGGAAGAUAUCACAGUAAAACAAGAAGUAGAGAGUGGGGCCGUUACUGUGAAAGAAGAGGAGGGCGCGUUCAGAGUGAAAGAGGAGGAAGAUAUCACAGUAAAACAAGAAGUAGAGAGUGGGGCCGUUACUGUGAAAGAAGAGGAGGGCGCGUUCAGAGUGAAAGAGGAGGAUGAUGUCACAGUAAAAGGAGAGGAAGAUGCAGUUUAUGGCGUGAAAGAGGAGGGGGAGGAGAUUACUUUUACAUCGAAAAAGGAGGAGGAAGAAGAGGAGGAACCUGGAUAUCUGGGCCCGGUUUCCCAAACGCAUCUUAAGGCAUCCAAUGGUUCUAACGAUGAAUUUAGCCAUAAGAUGGUUUUUAGAAACCGUUCCCUGAUUAACACUGGAGAGAUACGGGACUAUCGUGGAUCCUCUGGGGAGCCUCAACAACCUCAUGAUGCUGAAGAGGGAGAGAAGGGUCUCUCCAGAUCAGAACACCUCAAUAAACACCUGCAGAGACCCACAGUGAAGAGAACUCACUGCUGCUCUGACUGUGGGAAGAGAUUCACCUCAUCAGGCAUUACAAUUCAUCAGAGAAUACACACAGGAGAGAAAUCUUACAGCUGUGAUCAAUGUGGGAAGAGUUUUACAACAUCUGGCUCUCUGACUCAACACCUGAGAACACACACAGGAGAGAAAUCCUAUAGCUGUGAUCAAUGUGGGAAGAGUUUUACAACAUCUGGCUCUCUGACUCAACACCUGAGAACACACACAGGAGAGAAACCCUAUAGCUGUGAUCAAUGUGGGAAGAGUUUUACAACAUCUGGCUCUCUGACUCAACACCUGAGAACACACACAGGAGAGAAACCCUGUAGCUGUGAUCAAUGUGGGAAGAGGUUUGGUCGAUCUUGCCAGCUGACAGUUCACCAGAGAACACACACAGGAGAGAAACCUUAUAGCUGUGAUCAAUGUGGGAAGAGUUUUGUUCAAUCUCACCAGCUGACACGACACCUGAGAACACACACAGGAGAGAAACCCUAUAGCUGUGAUCAAUGUGGGAAGAGGUUUGGUCGAUCUUGCCAGCUGACAGUUCACCAGAGAACACACACAGGAGAGAAACCUUAUAGCUGUGAUCAAUGUGGGAGGAGUUUUACUACAUCUUGCCAGCUAACUGGACACCAGAGAAUACACACAGGAGAGAAACCAUAUAGCUGUGAUCAAUGUGGGAAGAGUUUUGGUCGAUCUGGAGAGCUGAGAGUUCACCAGAGAACACACACAGGAGAGAAACCCUAUAGCUGUGAUCAAUGUGGGAAGAGUUUUGUUCAAUCUGGCCUGCUGACAGUGCACCAGAGAACACACACAGGAGAGAAACCUUAUCGCUGUGGUCAAUGUGGGAAGAGUUUUGGUCAAUCUGGCCAUCUGACUCUACACCAGAGAACACACAGGAUUGAAAUAUCAUAGCUGAUAAAAGAUCUCUGAUCAAAUAUUAGUUAAUACAUACAUGAAGGAGUUGUUACAUGAUUUCAGUGAAUUAAUGUCACAAUGUAGAAUGUUUUUUACAUUGUAGGAGGAGAAUUGUAAUGAUUUCACAAUGUAGAAGCCUAAACGUUUGCCCCCUUAUGAAUUGAUUUCAACAUGUUAUGGAUAUUAUCCUCAUGGGGAAAAUCCAGCCUCUGAAAUGGAAGAGUACUAUAUCGGAUCAAAUCAAAUGUAUUUAUAUAGCCCUUCUUACAUCAGCUGAUAUCUCAAAGUGCUGUACAGAAACCCAGCCUAAAACCCCAAACAGCAAGCAAUGCAGGUGUAGAAGCACGGUGGCUAGUAUAAACUCCCUAGAAAGGCCAAAAUCUAGGAAGAAACCUCGAGAGGAUCCAGUCUAUGAAGGGUGGCCAGCCCUCUUCUGGCUGUACCGGGUGGAGAUUAUAACAGAACAUGGCCAAGAUGUUCAAAUGUUCAUAAAUGGUCAAAUCAUAAUAAUCACAGUAGUUGUCGAGGGUGCAACAGAUCAACACCUCAGGAGUAAAUGUCAGUUGGCUUUUCAUAGCCGAUCAUUAAGAGUAUCUCUUCCGUUCCUGCUGUCUCUAGAGAGUUGAAAACAGCAGGUUUGGGACAGGUAGCACAUCCGGUGAACAGGUCAGGGUUCCAUAGCCGCAGGCAGAACAGUUGAAACUUGUGCAGCAACACGGCCAGGUGGACUGGGGACAGCAAGGAGUCAUCGUGCCAGGUAGUCCUGAGGCCUGGUCCUCCGAGAGAGAGAAAGAAAGAGAGAAUUAGAGAGAGCAUACUUAAAUUCACACAGGACACCGGAUAAUACAGGAGAAGUACUCCAGAUAUAUCAAACUGACCCUAGCCCCCUGACACAUAAACUACUGCAGCAUAAAUACUGGAGGCUAAGACAGGAGGGGUCAGGAGACACUGUGGCCGAUGAUACCCUCGGACAGGGCCAAACAGGAAGGACAUAACCCCACCCACUUUGCCAAAGCACAGCCCCCACACCGCUAGAGGGAUAUCUUCAACCACCAACUUACCAUCCUGAGACAAGGCCGAGUAAAGCCCACAAAGAUCUCCGCCACGGCACAACCCAAGGGGGAGCGCCAACCCAGACAGGAAGAUCACGUCAGUGACUCAACCCACUCAAGUGAUGCACCCCUCCUAGGGACGGCAUGAAAGAGCACCAGUUUGCCAGUGACUCAGCCCCUGUAAUAGGGUUAGAGGCAGAGAAUCCCAGUGGAGAGAGGGGAACCGGCCAGGCAGAGACAGCAAGGACGGUUCAUUGCUCCAGAGCCUUUCCAUUUACCUUCACACUCCUGGGCCAGACUACACUCAAUCAUAUGACCUACUGAAGAGAUGAGUCUUCAGUAAAGACUUAAAGGUUGAGACCGAGUCUGCGUCUCUCACAUGGAUAGGCAGACCAUUCCAUUCAAAUGGAGAUCUACAGGAGAAAGCCCUGCCUCCAGCUGUUUGCUUAGAAAUUCUAGGGACAAUUAGGAGUUGUUACACUUACCACGUUGGUGACCCACUUGAAUCAAAAUGCAACACUUCAAAAUGUGGCGUGCUGUUUUCUACAAAUUGUCCUCUAACCAGGGAUGUACUCCCAGGGAUGUACUCCCAGAUUCCGUGUGGUUUUUGAGCUGUUAGUUUUAACAGGACGUGCAACCUCAUCUCUCUCCUCUCUCACAAUUUUUUUAGCAUGAUAUCGAUGAGUGAUGACAAAUAAGUGUUGCAUUCCCUUGUUUCGCGACCCCUAAAUUUAAUGCAUCACUCCCAAAUGUAGCUGACUCUUCUGCAGGUUGUCCUCUAACCAGGGAGGUAAAAUAUAUCUCCCAUUUCCAUGUGUUUUUUUGUGUCAGUUUCAACAGCACGUACAACCUAAUUUCCCACCUAAUCGAUAUCAGUGAUUUAUUGCUAUUUGUCAAAACAACAGUGUUUCUGGUGCUUGUGCAGUUUAUAAGGAGCUUGUUUAAAAAAUACAAGUAAUAUGAUUAUUGUGGCAGAUGUUUGUGUAAAUAGCACAUGUUAUGUUUAGGUUUUCAAUUUAUCCCCAAACUGUUCCUGCAUAUUGGUUAUUGAUUUGGACACGUUAAAACUGUGUUUUGACAUUGGGCUAUCCCACCAAGCAAAAUUAUAUUGAAAAGACGUUGAAAAUAUGACUAUGCAAUCAAAUAUUUCAUAUUUACAUUUCA